AUGAAUUAUAUCACUUAACAUAGAAAAUCUUUUAGAUUAUUAUGAAUUACAACGAACAUUGUCAUUUCAUAAUAUUACUCUCUUUCUAUCUCUCUCUAUAUAUAUGAACGAAUACUAUUCAAUUGUUUCAUGAAUGUAAAGUAUCUAUUUUCUUUUGAAGGGAUCUAAAUAGACAAUGUUCAAUUAUAAUAGUUCAUUAAGAAUGAUACAAAUGAAUCAUUCAUUAUUUUUUCCUAUGAACAAUAAAGUUUUAACACAAUUUACAACGGAACCAGUUGAAAUUUAUUUACCGAGUAUUAUUACUUCAACUAUAUUACUUAUUAUUAUUUCUAUGAUUGGAACAAUCGGUAAUAGUCUUGUUGUAUGGGCAUUUACAAAACAAGUUAAACAAGGUAUUAUUUCUGGCUUAUUUAUUCUAUUAUUGGCUUGUAAUGAUUUAUUUAUUUGUCUUAUUGUAAUACCAUGUACAUUAUAUUUAGAUAUUUGGACAGGGGAUACAACUGAUUGGAUAUGUCGUGCACAUUUAACAAUGAAAGGAUUUGUUGUACCUGUUUCAGCAUGUAUAUUAAUGUUGAUAGCAAUGGAAAGAUUUUUAUUAAUCUGUUUCAUUCCUGGUAUACAAAUGCAACGUACACAUAUUGUAUUAUCAUUAGUCAUUAUAUUUUGCAUUGGUUUAUUAUGUGCUAUACCAAUGGGAUUACAUGUUCGUGCAAUUGAUUUAUUUAAAGAACGUGAUGAAUUAUUAGAUUUAAAUACAUUGAAAUAUGGAUUAUCCACUAUGGAAAAUGAAGAAUGGCUUAAUCAAUUACGUGUUUCAAAACGAUGCGACAAAGAUGACACAUACAUUAAUGAUCAGUUAUACUGGUAUCAUCAAAUUUGUGUACUCCUGUUAUUUUUAGUAUUAUUUCUUGGAACAGCUGGUGUAUAUGCACUGAUCUUUCUAUUUGUCUGGAGGCAUGAAUCAUUUAUGUAUGAGAAAUAUGGUAAUCCAAAAAUGAAAGGCAAUUGGGUACGUAUACAUGCUACACCAAAUUCUUCAGGUGAUAUAAAUGAAUCCAAAUGGAAUUCAAUUAAAAAACGAAUAUCAUUUCGUAAAAAGUUAAAAGAAUCAAAUGAUUUACAAAAUGAACAAGAAGAUAAACAAAAUUCUAGUAUCUUUGAACAUGAAGAAAGACAACAAUUGGAACUUCAGGACCGUCAACAAUAUGAACAGAAUUGCUUUGAACACUUGUCUAGUUUAUCAUUACCUCAACCAUAUCUAAAACAACAAACUUUGGGAAUUCAUCAACCUCUAACAGAUAUGACAACAUCGACAAGUUUUGUCACAUCUAAUUUAGACAGAAUAAGUUGUGUGUGUUUAUGUGAAAGAGAUAAUAACAAUGGAUUGAUUAAAACUAGUCAGUGUUCAAUUCCUAAAGAUAAACUAUUCAAUGACAAUAAUACUGAUAAAGAUAAUGAAGAGUCACAUUGUUUAAAGCUACCUGGCAAUAAGAAAACCCAAUGUACUAUAGAAAUAAAUAAUCCUCAAUUAUCAAGAAUUGAAUUGUCAGCAGCUAAUCUAGAACGUAGACGUAAACCACAUGUACGUACAGCUCAAACAUUAGCAUUAGUUGCAGCAAAUUUCAUUAUAUCUUAUACACCAUAUCUUGUUUAUACAACAAUGCCAAUACAAAAAAGACAAGUAGUUCUUUUAAAAGAUAAACCACAUUGGACUAUUCAAAUAAGACGUAUACUAUUUUACAUGUAUUUCAUUAAUUCUGCAUUGAAUCCAAUCAUUUAUUCUUGUAUGAAUAGACAUUUUCGUGUUUGUAUCAUAAAGUUUUAUACAGAUUUAAAGAUGAAAUUGAAAAGACAAUUAUCAAGAUCAAUCAUAAGUGGUACUAAUCAUGAAUUGGUUUGUGUUGAAUUAUCACCUAAACCAAUUGCUUCAAAUCAAUAAAAUUGUUUAAUAAACAAUAUGAAACAUAUCAUUUCUAUUUCAUUGAUUAUAGUUGAUCCAAGAUGAACUUUAUUUUAUCCAAUAGAUCCAAUUAGAUCAUUGAAUGAUUUCAAUGAAUCGAUUGGAUCAUUCAUUCAUUCAUAACUUUUAUUCUUAUUGUAUCUUAUUUAUGAAAUAUCUUCAUAUUCAUCUUAUUAUUAUUAUUAUAAUUGACGUAAUAUUCUUUCAUAAAUGUAAGUACUUUUAAUUGUUAUAACUUGUGCCCUGUUAAUGUAUAAUGUAGUGAUACCGCCAAUUAGAGAACAGUGAAUUAGUGACCGGACCAUUUACGCAUAAAACCUGUACGAGCAGCCUAUUGUCCUUAUCGGUCCUGCUUUCCACCUUGCCCACCCAGUUAAGUCCAGAACAUCAGUCUCAGCCUCUGAGAUAUGAA